AUGGGAGAAGCAGUAAAAGUCGCUGUCCGCGUCAGGCCUUUUAACUCUCGAGAAAAGGCAGAAGGCGCCGAACUUUGUGUCAGCAUGGACCGAAAUUCCACCAAAGUCUGGAGCCGCGAAACAAACUACGAAAAAGAAUUUAACUUCGAUUACAGUUAUUGGUCACACGAUGGGUUCAUAGAAGACCCUACCACAGGGGUUCUUAAAAAAGACCGUCCAGGCUCUAAAUAUGCUGACCAACAAAUGGUCUUUAAUGAUGUUGGUGUCGAUAUCCUGAACAAUGCUUGGGAAGGUUACCAUGUAUGUCUUUUUGCAUAUGGACAAACAGGCUCAGGCAAAAGUUAUAGUAUUGUGGGGUAUGGACCGAAUAAAGGAGUCAUUCCGAUUGCAUGUGAAGAAAUUUUUAACAGAAUAAAAAACUCAGGGAACCCAUUGGUGAAAUAUGACGUGAAAGUUAGUAUGCUAGAAAUCUAUAACGAACAAGUGCAAGACCUGUUGCAGCCGCCUGAAAGAAGAGUCAAAGGAGGGUUAAAGGUAAGAGAGCAUCCUAAGACUGGUGUUUUUGUUGAAGGACUGGUACAGCAAACAGUGUCGUCUUAUGAAGAAAUCAGCCAGGUGCUAGAUGAUGGAAAUAAACAUAGAACUGUUGCAGCUACUCAAAUGAAUGCAACUAGCUCAAGAGCACAUACUGUCCUUACUAUUUCCUUUACACAGAUUUUCCAUGAAGAAGGCACCGGAAAACCUCUAACAAGAAAACAAAGUGAUAUUAACUUGGUCGACUUAGCAGGCUCUGAAAGAGCUAGCAAAACAGGUGCAACUGGAGAUAGACUUCAAGAAGGAAGCAGCAUCAAUCAAUCUUUAUCAUGCUUAGGAAAAGUCAUCACUGCUCUAGCAAAAAAAUCAGCUGGUGGUGCAGCCAAAGGUGAAGUGAUUCCAUACAGAGAAAGCAAAUUAACCAGAAUCUUGCAAAACGCAUUAGGAGGUAACAGUAAAACUACUAUGAUAGCUGCCAUAUCUCCUGCCACUUUCAAUUUUGAAGAAACUUUAAGCACACUUAGGUACGCAGAUCAAGUAAAAGCUAUCAAAAAUAAAGCUGUCGUCAACGAAACCCCACAGGAAAAGCUGAUUAGAGAGCUUAAAGAAGAAAACGAAAAACUUAAAGCCUUAUUAGAAGGAAGAGGGGGCUCAGUAGGUGGAUCAGGCGGAGGAAUGUCAGACGAACAGAGAAUGGAAUUUGAAGCCCAAAUUGAGCAGCUGAGGAGAGAAAAAGAAGAAGCAGAAAAAACAGCCUAUCAAAGAGCUCAAGAAGAAAGCAGUAGAAUUGAAAGGCAGCCAACUGUUCAUAAAAAAGAAAUCACUGGACCACAUAUUACAAACUUGAAUGAAGAUCCACAAUUAAGCGGGCAAAUACAGCAUGAGUUUAUGGAGGGGCAAUCAAAGCUGGGUAGAUCUCAAGACAACAAUAUUAUAUUGAAUGGGCUAGGAAUCGCCCCAGAGCACUGUGCAGUGCAAAGAAGUGGGGCAAGGCAUGUGCUUAUACCUUCUUCUGAUGCGAAAAACAAAACGAUGGUCAAUGGACAAAUCCUUACUGCACCCUAUGAGCUAAAUCAUUUAGACAGGAUAAAAUUCGGAAACUAUUUGUUUUUCUUAUUUGUAGACCCAUCUCAACCUGCAAACCCUGAACUCACCUGGGAAUUUGCCAUAAAAGAAGCAAAUGAAGCUGAAAUGCAAGCCUUGGUCAGCGAGCAAGAAAAAGAAAUGCGCAGAAAGCAAGAAGAAAUUGAGCAAAAGCUCAAAAUAGAAUGGGAAGCCAAGCAGAGAGAAAUGGAAGAAGAAAAAAGGAAGCUUGAAGCCAUGCUAAACCAAAAAUCAAAGCAAGAUGAAGAAACUAGGAUGCUUCUCGAAGAAAAAGAAAGGGCUUUGAUUUCAAAGCAACGAGAAAUGGAAGAAGAGCUACGGAAAAGAGAACAAGAUUUAAGAGAUAAAGAAAAAGAAAGGCAGCAAAGGACAAAGAUGGAUACAAUGAUAAGCAAUGCUUUGCAGAUGUCAAAUGAAGUCAAUGAGAGAGCAGCAAUGCUAGGAAAACCGCUGAGGGUUAAGCCAGAGUUUACUAGGACUCCUGGGAGGGAUGGGACUAUUGGGAAAGGAAUGGAAAACGUAAGAGUGAGGAUGAGGGUUAUGACUCCUGGACUUGGUGAUAUUAGGCUUUAUUGGCCGAUUGAAAAACUAGAAGAAAGGCUUCCAGACAUGGCGGAUAUGUGUCAGCAGUAUUUCGAAGGGACACCUCUAGAAAAUAUUGAUAUGAAUUAUGACCCAUUCUGGGUUGUGCCUGAGGAGGUCCCUUCCAUGAUGGAUGAAGGCGGCUACAUUGGCCAAGUCAACUUGAUAACUGAAACUUUGUUUUACUUACUCGACAUUACAGAAGAGCCACACCCUAUAUAUAGUCCAAGUGGCCAGCAAAUAGGAAACCUUGUUGCAGGAGUCACUCCAUCGCUUGUUGAUGAAGACAUAGAAGAGGCAGGAUAUGAAGACAUGCUUCAAAUAGAAGGAAAACCAUUAGACCUUACUAUGAGCAUUAAUAGAAUUGUAGAUCUUCCCAAUGAGUUUGCUCAAGAUGUGUAUUGCUCGUAUAUAAUCCCACAAGCUGGGAGAGAUACUUUUACAACACAAAAAGUAAACGGAAGCAAUGCGACUUUUGGCUACACUAAAAAGCAUCAGUUUUUAGUUACAAGAUACAGUGCGGGAGAGUUUGAAAAAGGGCAAAUAACGAUAAAUAUUUUUGGAAGCAAGCCACUAAGCUUAAGAAGUAACGAAAUCGAGACUGCACGAAGAAUUUUCAGCGCAGGAACCGUGGCAGGACAGUCAGGCAAACGAUAUCAAGAAGAGUCAAAAUCUCCUCUACCAAACAUACGUGAAGAAGAGCCUAAAGCUUCAGCUAAAAACAUGGAAAAAGCAGCCCAACAAGAUAAAAUUAUUCAGCCAGCGAAGAAAUCUGAAGAAGUAAAAGUCCCAGCUAAAAAUGCUGCUCCUGCACAAAAAACAGCAUUGGUUACACCAGAUAAGAAUUCAAGCGACUUCGAUUUUCGAUCUCACCCAUCAUCAGAAGCACUAAUUGGCUCAGCCAAGGUAAAGCCUGCUACUCCUUUAGAAUCUACACCAGGGUCUGUUGCUGUAAUACAAGAAGCAAGAAUCGUUGACGAAAGAGAUGAAAAGAUCAAAAAAAUGGAAGAAGAGCUUAAAAAAGCAAAAGAAAAUCAAAAAUCAGACAAAUCAGGGUGUUGUGCGAUAAUUUAA